UGAGAUCUUGUGUGAUGCAAUGAACUGAGAAACUCUAACUUUUCAAUCAUUUUACCUUAAGAAAAGCCCCUGGCAUUUUAAGGUUUUUGUCCCCAUCAAGGCAGCACAAAAUUGGCAUUUAGCUUACCACAGUGGUUCAUGAGUAUAAACGGGGCCUAAAGUUUUGAUACUCUACUUUUUGUUUUCCUUUUCCCCCUUGACACAUUGAUAUCAAACAUGUUCGCUCGUACCGCCGCUCGUUUCGCUCUCAGACCUUGUGUUGCUUCUCCUGUUAAGGCCCGUGCCUUUAAUACUGCUUCUCGUGCUACAGCCUCGCUUUCUUCUCGUCGUAUGGCUACCAUGGUUACUGCUGGUGUAAUUACUGCAAGUGCCCUCUCUUAUGCUUAUUUGCAAAAACCUGUUUCUGCUGAUUCUAAACCUAUUGCAGGCGUUGAAGGUACUUUCAGCGAGCGUACCUUCAUUGCUAUUAAGCCCGAUGGUGUUCAACGCGGUUUAGUUGGUAAAAUUAUCAACCGUUUCGAAGAACGUGGUUAUAAGCUUGUUGGCUUGAAGGCACUUGUUCCUUCAAAGGAAUUGGCUGAAAAGCACUAUGAAGAUCUCAAGGAACGUCCCUUCUUCGGUGGACUUGUUAACUACAUGACUAGUGGUACUCCCGUCAUUGCCAUGGUUUGGGAAGGUAAGGAUGUCAUUAAGCAAGGCCGUGCAAUGAUUGGUGCUACCAAUCCUUUACAAGCCGCUCCUGGCACUAUUCGUGGUCAAUAUGCUAUCUCAACCGGUCGUAACAUUAUUCACGGUUCUGAUUCUUACGCGUCUGCAGAAAAAGAAAUUGGCUUAUGGUUCGGUGCUGCUGGUGAACUCACUGAAUGGACUCCUGCCAAUGUUGAAUGGGUUCAAUCUGACAACUAAGGCAUUAAUAUUUGAUAAAGUAUUUUAUUCCACAUCAAACUUGUAAACAAUACAAAUCAAUGCAAU